AAAUUGUCGAAGGCCCGCUCGUUGAUUGACUUCUCUUAAUUUUAUCCAAACAAGUGGCGUUUCGUGCAUUCUGUGAUACGUACACUUUCUUCCAUCUCCGGCGAAAUACGCCGUGCGUGAGGCGAUGGAGUCGCCGUUCGUUGCGGCGGCGAUCGCCCUCACAAUCCUCUUCUCCCUCCUCUUUACCGUCUCCGGCGGAUCUCCGGCCAACUCCCUCUGCGCUCAGCUUAUCCAACCUUCUGGUUAUCCCUGCACCGAACACACUAUUCAAACAGAGGAUGGAUAUAUACUGGCUCUUCAACGCGUGACUUCGCGUACUGAUCGUCUAAGGCUUCGACCUGGUCCACCUGUUCUGCUUCAGCACGGACUAUUUAUGGCUGGAGACUCAUGGUUCUUGAACUCCCCUGAGCAAUCACUCGGCUUCAUUCUUGCUGAUCAUGGUUUUGACGUAUGGGUCGGCAAUGUCCGUGGAACACGCUAUGGUUAUGGUCAUACAUCAUUGUCUGAGAAAGAUAAGGACUUUUGGGACUGGAGUUGGCAGGAUUUGGCUCUCUUUGACCUUGCAGCAAUGAUGCAAUACAUCCAAUCCAUAACCAACUCCAAAAUUUUCCUUGUUGGACAUUCGCAGGGAACGAUCAUGUCUUUCGCUGCUCUAACUCAGCCGCAUAUUGCAGAAAUGGUUGAAGCAGCUGCCCUGCUUUGUCCAAUAUCAUAUUUGGAUCAUGUCACAGCUCCACUUGUAGAAAGAAUGGUUCAAAUGCAUCUCGAUCAGAUGGUCCUUGCUCUUGGGCUUCACCAGUUGAACUUUAGAAGUGAUAUGUUAAUUGAACUUGUAGACUCACUAUGCGAUGGGCAUAUGGAUUGCACUGAUUUCUUGACAUCCAUAACCGGGAAGAAUUGUUGCUUCAAUGAUUCGCGGAUAGACUUUUAUCUAGAAUACGAGCCUCACCCAUCAUCUGUCAAGAAUUUGCGCCAUCUUUUCCAAAUGAUCCGGAAAGGUACCUUUGCACAAUAUGAUUAUGGAUUCCUGAAAAAUCUGGUGGUGUAUGGUAAGACGAAACCUCCAUCUUUCGACCUCGGCCUCAUACCGGCAUCUUUACCAUUGUGGAUGGGCUAUGGUGGAAAUGACGGUUUAGGAGACGUGAUGGAUGUGGAACAUACACUAAAGGAACUACCUUCAAAACCGGAGUUACUCUACCUCGGAAACUAUGGCCAUAUAGACUUUCUUCUGAGCGCAAGAGCGCGAGAAGAUGUCUAUAAACACAUGAUUCGCUUUUUCAGGUCACGGGGAAAGUCCAGUAGCCGUUAAAGCAACUUCUGCUUUGUUCAUGUUAUAAAAGGAAUCCGUUAUCCGUGGCUAACGUUUCUGAUAUUUUACGUUGUUAGAAAGCUUCA